UAGCUCAUAUGAGUUUCUUCUUAUGAUCUCUUGUCUAUAAGUUUACUAGUGACUUCGUGUUUCUCUUUGACUACAGCUUUGAAUAGGUGGUGAAGGGGACUUGUGUAGUCAACAGCACAAGCACAGAAUUUAAACUUCAUGAAAUAAGGAUCAUGGCGAUGGGGUGCUAAUCCAGACUCUCUUAAUCUAUAUACAAAGAUUGUUGAUUUCUGCGCUCCAAAUGACACAUCAUGGUCUUCUUCAAUGGUAGUAGCUACAGACGUUUUCUUCUGAGUGGUUUUCCUGGUCUGGAAGACUCACAUCCAGUGAUUUCCAUUUUGUUUUGUGUCCUCUACCUGAUUUCCCUAGUGGGUAACAUCACCAUCUUAGUGGUUAUUAAAGUGGAACGGUCACUUCAUACACCCAUGUACUUUUUUCUCUCCAUGCUGGCUGCUAGUGACCUUGGAAUCUGUGCUACCACCCUGCCCACACUGCUCAAGCUUUUCUGAUUUAAUGUUCGGGAAAUAGACUUUGAUGCCUGCCUCAUCCAGAUGUUCUUUAUCCAUGUGUUUUCCUUAAUGGAGUCAGGCAUCCUCCUCACCAUGGCUUUUGACCGCUAUGUGGCCAUCUCCAACCCACUCAGGUACACUACUGUUUUGACUGAUUCUACCAUUGCCAAAAUAGGUGUGGGGCUUCUGCUACGGGCUGUGGCUGUCAUCUUCCCAGGACCCUUUCUCAUCAAACGACUGAGGUUUUGUAAGGCUAAUGUGCUCUCCCACUCAUACUGCCUGCACCCAGAUAUAAUCAAGCUCUCUUGUUCUGACCACCGAAUAAAUAGCAUCUAUGGCCUCAUCAUCAUUCUCAUCACCUUUGGUGUGGACUCUGUACUCAUUCUCCUCUCUUAUUUGAAGAUCCUGAUUACUGUGCUAGGCAUCGCCUCCCGGGAACAACAAUUUAAGGCCCUUAACACUUGUGUCUCCCACAUCUGUGCUGUGUUUCUGGUUUAUGUCCCUAUGCUGGGUGUAUCCAUUAUCCAUCGCUUUGGGAAACAUGUUCCAUCUAUGGUGCACAUUAUCAUGGGUUAUAUAUACCUAUUGAUUCCUCCUGUUCUCAACCCUGUUGUAUACUGUGUUAAAACCCGAGAGAUACGUACCCGUAUUCUAGGUAAUCUACUGAAAUUAUAGCUGAAGUACUUUAGAGUCACUUAUUAUUUCUAGAAUAAUCCUUAUGAAAUUAAUUUCUAACUUGAGAAAAUGAAAUAUAUAUCACUGAGAAACAUUCAUAUGUUCACAAUUCCCAUGUACAUAUUUUUCUCUCACUCUUCUGGAAUUUUUGAAGAUAGUAUCAAUAUACUACG